AUGCGAGCUGUUGGGUGCAUUGCCGUCGGCGCUGCGGUGAUUGGAAGUCUGUCCUUCGCGCCGCACCCGGCAUUGGCAGCAUGCUCCAGUUGGUCUUCUCUAUACCAGGAUCACCUGGAGGGCGUUUGCGUCUGCAACGAAACUCAGUGCGACUCAGUUUCGAAUGACUAUCGUAGCCUUCGGAAGGGACACGUCGGUGUUUUCACUACGUCUCAAUCUGGGGCACGACUCGAGUACAAGGAGAAGAAAUUUCAUGCGAGACCGGUGAGCAGUCCGACGUUCGCUAUCGACGUAUCGACGCAGUACCAGACGAUCAUUGGCUUCGGCGCUGCGUUCACGGAUUCAGCAGCUAUCAACGUUUACAAACUGUCGCCGAAACUCCAGCAAAUACUUUUGGACCAGUAUUUUUCGGAAAAAGGACUCGAGUAUAUCCUCGGACGUGUAUCGAUCGGGUCGAACGAUUUCUCCACCAGUAUAUAUUCGUAUAAUGAUGUGGAGGGUGAUCUCGCUAUGGAAAAUUUCUCCAUUGACGUAGAUAAAGCUCCGAAGUCCCACAAAAUUGAGCUAAUCCAGCGUGUGCUGGACAUGACGUCGCGUGACAUUAAGCUCUUCGCUUCAUCGUGGGCACCUCCUGCGUGGAUGACGAAAGAGAACUCCACUAUCAACUGUCAUCUUAAAGGUGAGCCUGGCGAUGAAAACUGGAAGGCACUGGCGUUGUACUACUCCAAGUUUUUCACAGCUUACAAGGAAGAAGGCAUUGACUUCUGGGCGAUGACUGUCCAGAAUGAACCUGAGAAACCCCUUCUCGCGUUUGCUAAAUGGCAGACGUUGCGAAUCUCCCCUGAAGAAGAAAGAGACUUUAUUAAAUUCGAUCUUGGGCCUCUGAUGAAGAAGCAUCACCCCAAUUUGAAGAUUAUUGCAAAUGAUGAUCAAAAGCCGAGCAUUUUGAUUCGCUUGGAGCCGCUUGAGGAUCCCGAUUCACUACAGUGUAUUAGUGGCGUCGCUGUUCACUGGUACCGCAAUGUGGAUUUCGUACUUGGAAUGGGUGGACACUUUGGUAAACUUCGAAAGUUGCAUGAUUCCUACCCAGAUCUAUUCAUCCUUCCGUCCGAAGCGUGCGAAGGGUACAUGCCAAACCCCUUAGGAACGGGUAAAGGACCCUUUCUUACAGACGCCGAUAAGAGCUGGACUCGUGGUGAGAACUAUGGUCGUGACAUCAUUGGAGACCUGAAUAGCUAUGCGGGCGGGUGGACUGAUUGGAAUAUGGUCCUGGAUACCAAAGGCGGACCAAACUGGGCGAAGAAUAUGGUGGACGCGCCCAUUCUCGUUGACGCCAAGAACGGCGCUGAGUUCUACAAGCAGCCCAUGUUCUAUUUCAUGGGGCAUUUCGCCAAAUUUGUGCCGGCAGGCUCACGCCGCAUAAAAAUAUCCUUAAACGCAGACUCGGAAAUUGACAGCGCGUUCGUCACUCCCGAUAAUCAGGUUGUUAUCCAAUUUUUGAAUCUUGAAAGCUCGGACGAAGUGGCAAAUGUACAAACGACCGAAUCGAGCACCUUCACAGUCCAAGUGCCAUCGCACUCCAUCGUAACAGCAAUUUUGCCACCUUCAAAAGAAACCACAAUUCUCAAGUCAUCUUCAAAUUAG